AUGGCUGUUUUGGAUGACAGAAGAUGGGAAGGUACUCAGUCUGCUGCUCAUUUGUGUUUCUGCUGGCAAAUGCUUUGAAUACAAGCCGGUGAGGCGGUUGUUGUUUGAGGCCUUUUUUCUUCUUUCUGGGCUUCAGCCCAAGCUGCUUCAACCUGAUCUUAUUUACCUACUUGGGCACCACACAUAAGGAUACGAGGAAAGCUCUGCUGGACCAGGCCAAAAGUCCACCUAGUCCAGCCGAGUCGUCCUCACAGUGGCCAAGAAACCUGUGAGCACCAUUAGUGAGAAGAGCAACAAACAAUUAAAUAGAUCACAAAGUAUUACAACACAAUUGUAUGGAAUGGUUUGCCAUGCCAAUUGGGUGAUUAGCUCCAUGCCACCACAGAACUUUCUUUUAGAGCCAUCUGGUAAAGCACCAAGAGUCUCAAAUCAGGGACUCUGGAAGGGAGAACCAAGUCGGCUUAUUUUCUGUGCGCAAUGAAUGCUUGUCAAAGGAGGAGUGGGUGCUCAUCAGCACCACUGCUGCCAAUGAACAGAGCCAACGACUUAGCUUACCAGGCCCAGGAAAUAGACACCUGGGUGUAAAAGGGUGCCCACAUUCUUCUGCCUGAGCUACCCUUGAUGUACCAAGAGCUUUGUCUCAGAACACCACCAGCCCUGGCCCACUUGUGAAGCUAUAGAAAACUGACUGAUCCAUGUGGUGAGCCAUGUUUCACAGCACGAUAAGGACCACUGCUGCGUGGAGCAAUGGGAAGCAGUUGGCUAUGUCUACUGUUCCUGAUACAAGGCAAUAGGGCAGAUGUCCCCAAGUCUUCUGGGUCUUCAAAACAGAGACACCCUUCCCUCACAUCUUUCUUUCUUUCUUUCUUUCUUUCUUUCUUUCUUUCUUUCUUUCUUUCUUUCUUUCUUUCUUUCUUUCUUUCUUUGUCUGUCUUUCUGUCUCUCUCUCUUUGUAGCAAGCGGCUCUUUUUCAGUUUUACAUUUUGUAAGAGUGAUGCUGUUGGAAUAUUUAUUUAACAUGACAUUAUCUGCAAGAAGAAACUUCACUGAUUUUUAUUUACUUUUGCUCAUAAACCCAUUUGUCUACCUAGCAGGUAUUGUCUCAGAGGAGCCAGAGUGGCGGUGGGCUGGGGGCGGGGGAGGAAGUGAAAACAUGCUAGCCCUUGCCAGUGGAUGCAUGUUUAGUGUUGCACCUGUGCUUUGUGGUUUAAAAAUAUCCCUUAAAUCUCCAUUAAUAACUGCUAUCAAAGUCCCAUCUAAACCCUGGUACAAUUUUGCCUCUCUUUCCCACCACCAGAGAAGGAUAGAACACUGUCAUUAUGUGUCCUUUAGAUCUCUGUGCGGCUCUUUGUAAUUUGAUGGCAUUUGACUCAGUCGAUUGAAAGAGCAAAGCCCAGCCUGCAUCACAAAGUCUGGCCUCCUCUUUUUUUUCCAGAACAGGAAGGGGAAAUUGCUGGCGUUACAUAAAAGCUUCGCAAGCACAUAUUCUAUCUAUAUUUAUUUCUCUUUUGCAGUCUGUUCCCCACCACCACCACCACAAAAAAAAAGGCUGGGCUUACAAAACAGUUGCUGCUUUAGUUUCUCUACCACCUGCUUUGUAUAUCUGGGAGAAAGAUUGCAACCACAGUCAUACCUCGGGUUAAAGUCGCUUCAGGUUGAAUGUUUUCAGGUUGCGUCCCGUGGUGACCCGGAAAUAAUGGAACGGAUUACUUCCGGGUUUCACUGCUCACGCAGAUGCUCAGAAUGACAUCACAUGCAUGUGCAGACAUGGCGAAUCACAUCCUGUGCACGUGCAGACGCACAGACAUGGGUUGCCUUCUGCUCAUGAUGCAAACGGGGCUCCGGAACGGAUUCCACUCGCAUCCAGAGGUACCACUGCAUUUGUUUCAUGGAGAAUAUGCCUAUCAAUGGAUACAGGGGCGGACUUUGGUCUUUCAAAUUUCAGCAGCGACCUGUGAGAGGUCAAAAUUCAGCAACCCCUUGCCUUCUGUUCUGCUCAAUUCACUACGCAAUAGUUGUGAUGCCCUGCAGCGCCCCCUAGGCUCAGUGCCCAGUGUGGCAAAACUGGUUGUACUGCCCUAAAUCUGCCUCUGAUGGCUCCUAGCCAUGAUGGCUAUACUCUACCUCCACUGUUGGAGGCAGGAUGCCUCUGAAUGCCAGUUGCUGGGAAUCACAAGUGAGGAUAGUGUUGGUCCUGCUUUUGGACUUUCCACGGGCAUCUGGUUGGCUAGUUUGAGAACAGGAUGCUGGACUAGUUGGAUCAUAAGCCGAAGACAGCAGGCUAGAGAGUGGGAUGGGUCUGAACACUGCCCAAAUACCAAAGUUUUUAAUCUUAAGCAGCAGCAGCAGAAAAUUCCAGUUACAUCAGCCCCGAAACUAAACACAACAACCAUGGACCACCCAAACUGGUACCACCCAGCAGGGAAGCAAAAAGAAAUGUUUCUCUACUUUGGGGAAAAGAGAAAAUGUUGUCAAGAUGGUCAUAGCCCUCUGACCUCCCAAGGUUGCAUUCCGGCACGUAUUUACCAGGAUUGAAGUCCCAGUAUGCUCAAUGGGUCCCAAGAGGAGAUUUGUGACGGUGUCUUUGCCAAAGAAGCACAUCUGGGAUGGGGCUGCAAGUGCUUCAAAGGGCAACAAAGCCAGCGACUUGUGGGAGGAGGAGCUCCAUUAGAGCUCAAAAGGCUUGGAAAAAUAUCCAUACAGAUGGCAGUGGGGGGGGGGGAAGAACUCUCCCCUGGCAGAUAGUUGCAAAAUGUGUUAUAUUUAUUGCUUCCAAGGAGUACAAUUGACCACAACAGUACAGUCACUCUGUGAAUGUGUGGACACUGUCUGAUUCACUGGAAAAUUAUGUUAAUCAUUUUCAUUAAUGUUUGUUUUUUCAAAACAAAGCAGAAAAAGAACAAAACAGAGUUAGUUGCAGUGUGUGCAGCAAACACCUUCUACCACCUGUUGAACAAAUCUUUGCCUUGUUUGUCUACGAUGCACAGUGUUCAGUCUGCCAAGACAGUUAUUGA